GGAGCUACAGCUACAGCAGCGCCAGCGCCAACAGCUACAGCAGUGCCAGCAGCUGUAGCAGUGCCAGCUGUAGCGCCAGCAGCAGCUCCAGCAUGGCGGACGAGACGGCCUACGACCUCCCCGUCAGGGACAUCGGCCUCAGUGCCAGCGACGGCGCCCCCAUCACCACCGCUCAGCCAGGCUGGGACGUGCGUGAGCGCCAGGCGGUGUCACGUGUGAGCCGGGCCGAGCUGGAGGACCGCUUCCUGCGUCAGCACGAGGAGCACCGCCUCCUGAAGCAGCACGCACGGAGCCAGGAGGACAAGAUCAAGCGGAUGGCGACCAAGCUGAUGCGUCUGCUGAGUGACCGAAAAAACCACGAGGGAACCGCCGACCUCGCCAACGUCGCCGGCGGUGGCGCCGGUGUCCGGCCACGCUCGGGCCGCGACAUCGAGAUGGAGGAGAUGCUGGAGGACUCUCAGGCCAAGGUGCGUGAGCUCGAGCGCCACAACGAGGGCCUCAGGCAGCGGCUGUCCGCCGCCCGGCAGCAGCUGCUGGCGCAGGGCCGCCGGGCGUCGCCCUUCGGCCGCGUGGCGCCGCGCGUCGACUCGGGCCUGCGCCGCACCGAGGGCCGCUUGCCCCUCGACGAAAAGCUACGCGGAGGGAUGCGCCUGCAGGAGCCGGACGUGGCGGUGCGGGCUACGCAGACGGGGCUGCCACGCUACGGGCACAGCCUUCUGGAGGAGGCCCGGGCGGAGAUACGCAAUCUGGAGAACAUCGUGGAGACUCAGCAGGCGGAGCUGCGGGAGGCUCUCCAGGCCCACGGCGGGCUCCAGGCCCAGCUGAGGGCACGCGAGGCCGAGGUCGGGGAGGCGACGCUGCGCCUCCGGGAGCAGCAGUCGUCGGGACAACGGAGCUCUAUACGAGAGAGCGUAGGUCUCAUCCGCCUGCAGAAGGAGCUUGCAGACAAGGGAGUGGCGCUCGCCGCCAUCGAGGGGAAGUUCGGAGAGCUACAGGAGCGGUCUCGGCGUCUGCACGAGAGCCAGGAGGCUCUGCUGGUUCAGCUGGAGUCGUCGCACGGCGAGCUGCAGCAGGAGAAGGCGCGCUGCCUCGCCCUGCAGCGCCAGCUGAGCACCAGCAACGCACAACAGCGGGACGCCGUGCAGCUGAGGGAGCAAAUCCGAGACCUGGAGCAGGAGCGGGACCUGUUGAAGCAAAACUACGACUCCCUGUUCACCACCGCCCUGGGCACAGACGGGGACAGUGAGCGCCGGGCGUCGGAGCAGAGGCUCCGCCUGCAGGUGGCCCAGCUGGAGGCCGCCCUGCAGGCCGACCUGGCCGACAAGAACCGCAUCGUCGACUUGCUGGACGCCGAGAGAGGGCAGAGCGAGGCGCUGCGCCAGGAGGUGCGGGAGCUGCGAGCGAACUUCCUGGAGCAGAAGGCCCUGGCCGAGGAGCUGGCGGAGAGGCUGAGCUACUUCACCAAGGAGAGCGAGGCGAACCUGGAGGAGAUCGGAGAGGCGUUGCUGCUCAUAAAGGAGCGCCGGAGGCACCGGCGAGAGGCGGGCGACGGCCCGGCGAGCCCCGCCGGGGUGGUGGAGCGGGAGGAGGUGGAGCGCCGUCUGCGGGAGCUGCAGGUGGAGCACGCCGAUGUCGUGCAGGAGCUGGAGAAGACGCGCGGCAUGCUGCUCAUGCAGCACCGCAUCAACCGCGACUACCAGGUGGAGCUGGAGGCGGUGGCACAGCAGGUGGAGGGCGCCCGCCGGGAGGCUGACGAGCGGCAGCGGCGCCACGCGGACGCCCUGGGGACACGGGACACACAGCUACACCGGCUACGUGCCCAACUGAAGCACAUCGCCUAUGGCACCCAGCGCUACACGCUGGCGCAGCGCGGUGACGACGCCGACGCCGACGACGCCGCCGGCGACGCCGACGCCGACUCCGCCGACUCCGCCGACGACGACGGCGAGCUGGCGACGACGCUGGAGCUGCGGCGAGGCGACAGCGUGCUGGAGAUCCACGUGGCGAGCGCCGCACUCGACCCGGCCGUUCUGGCUAAGCUCCUCGCGCCGCAUGGGCACGGCACCGCCGCCGCCGCCGCCGCCGCCGGCACCGCCGCCGGCACCGCCGCCGGCGCCGCCGCCGGUGCCGCCGGCGAGGCGGUGGUGCUGGAGGACGUGAGGACGCUGUGCACGCUGGACUUCUACGACUUUGAGACGCGGAGCACCAGGGUGGCGCAGGGCCUGCGGCCGGUGUACCGCGAUACGGCACGCUUCUGCGUGAGCCCCGGCGCCGACGCCGCUCUGCUGGAGGAGCUGCGCGGCCACCACCACCACCACCACCACCGGGCCACCGCCACCGGCACCGGCGUCGUCGGCGGCGCCGGCGGUGCGGCGCUGCGGCUGCACUUGGUGGAGGGCUCUCGCCACCGCACGCUGGCGGCUUGCACCCUGCCGCUGGGCGCGGCGCUCACAGGAGCCGCACGGGGCUACGGCACAGCAACCCUGCUCAGCGUGGACGGCGAGGCGCUCCCUCUGGGCUCGCUGGAGUUCUGGGUGCGUCUCCGCGUGCCUGUGGAGCCCUGCCUGCAGCUGUACGCACAGCGGGUACAGGCCCUGGGCGGCCUGCAACAGGGCCCGGGAGCCGCUCACUUAGACCACACGUGGCAGGCAAGGCAGAUCUGCACCGGCGCUCCCACCACCACCACCACCACCACCGUGGCCACGGCCACCGUGCCGGGCCCCUCCGUGUCCGAGCUGCAGAUCGCCGUGCUGGGCUGCGACGGCCUCGGGGCCCGGCCGGCCCGGCCCGGCCGCCGUGUCCGGCGGGGCCCGCCGGCGCCGUACGUGGCCUACCGCUUCUACGACUUCCCCGACCGGGCCACGGCCACGGCCCCGGUGGGCGAGCGCCGGCCACGCUUCCCGGCGGGCGACGCGGCGCUCUACCCGCUGGGCGUGCCGUGCACGCGGCUGCACCAGUUCCUGCGGCGGGAGGCGCUGGCGCUGUACGUGCUGGACGACUGUGGUGGCGGCGGUGGCGGUGGUGGUGGUGGUGGUGGUGACGGUGUGGCGGAGGAGGAGGAGGAGGAGGAGGAGGGAGACGCGGUGCUGCUGGGGAAGGCGAUGGUGCCGCUGCUGCCGCUCGCGCACGGCAGGGACAUCUGUGGCUCCUUCGAGCUGUACACCCCCGAGGGGCAGCUGAACGGCACCGUGGAGGUGGCGCUCCGCUGGCGCCUGCCGUACCGACCCCCCCACGGCACCGCCGCCGACCCGGCCACAGCCACAGCCACAGCCACCGCCGCCGGCACCGCCGCCGGCACCGCCGCCACCACCGCUGGUCCACGAUCUCGGACGACGGGCGCCGCCGGGCCGGAGAAGGAGGCGCCCCGGCCCGGUGCUGCCCUGAAGCCUGAGCUCGCCUCGGCCCGCGAAGACGCUGCCGGUGCCGGUGGCAGUGGCGGUGGCGGUGGUGGAGGCGGUGGUGGAGGCGGUGGUGGAGGCGGCGGAGGCAGUGGUGGAGACGCUCCAACGCCUCUCCCUGUUCCAAAACCCAGGGGCGGCAAGCGAGCUGACCGGGGGAAGGGGUCACCGGUGGAGGGGAUCACCGAGCCCGUCCGCAAGUCAGUCACCUUCGCCGACAGCACGGGCGAGACUUUGCCGACCGCGCCGCCGGUGCCAGCACCGGGAGCCGGCGUCGUCCUCCCCACGUUGGCCGGCCCGGCAAAGUCUGCUGAGGUCACAGCAGAGGCAGAGGGCGACUCUGAGAUAGAGGAGGAGGUGGAGGAGGAGGUGGAGGAGGAGGUGGAGGCGGGUGCUGAUGAUGACCGUGAGUUGGUGCUAUCCAGCGGAGAGGCCGUCUUCCCUGGCUCAGACGACGAGGAGGAGGGUGAGGAGGAGGGUGAGGAGGAGGGUGAGGAGGAGGGUGAGGAGGAGGGUGAGGAGGAGGGUGAGGAGUCGCUGCUGACGGACAGCGACGAGGUGGUCACGUCCACACCCCACACCCCGCCGUGCAAGGAGUGUGAGCGCGUGCGAGUGGAGGUGCUGUCGGUGAGGCUGGACCCGGCGUCCCGCGUGGCGCUGGACCCGGCUGUGCGCCGCCUCUUUGUGGAGUACCGCUUCCUGGGGCUCCCCGCCGAGGAGACGGAGACCCCCUACAGCCUGCCCAAACCCCCGCCCGGCACCGACAUACACUUCAACUUCAGCAAGGAGGUGCGUGUGGACCGGGAGCACAACAGCCUGAGGCGAGACUUCCUGGCGAGUAUGCUGCUCCAGGGAGACCCCAGCGGUGGGAAGAUCGCGUUCACGCUGGUGAGCGAGCCGGGCGACGGUGCCGACGAGGUGGAGGAGGGCGACUGCGAGGAUGUGGGCGUGGCGACGGUGGACGUACGGCGCAUCCUGCGGACGCAGCGCGACCUCGUGGAGCAAGACGUCACCAUCGUGGAGGCGGGCCAGGCCGUGGGCUCCAUGCGUCUCACCCUGGAGGCCCUCGCCGCCCUCCAGGACGUCCACCGCGAGCUGCAGGAGGCAGCAGCAGCAGCAGCCCCCACCGGGCCGGGAGAGGCCACGGGGGGGGAGACGCAGCAGGGGGGUGGCAAGAAGCGGCCGCGUGGUGGAGGAGCUGCUGGAGCAGUAGCGGUGGUGGUGGUGGUGGUAGGGGUGGUGGUAGGGGUGGUGGUGGUGGUGGUGCGUGAACACAAAGCAGACCUUAAACACGGUAGGACCAACACCUCGGCCGUGGCA